UUUCGCACGCGAGCACGAGGCAACGCACGACCUGCUCUUCGGGCUUCAGGAUAGCCUGUAUGCGGCAGGUGCCCGGCUCUUCCUGUACAUCGAUGUUCCACCCAUAGCACGCACACCCACAGGGGCUAAAGCGCUUGCGAACGACCCCAGUAUGCCGGCAGCGUACUACAACUGGAACAUCUCGCUUCGACGGAGAAUCGAGGCUUUCGCCAAUGAACAUCGCGACGCGCGAAUCUUCACCUUUUCGUCCUUCGACUGCUUCAGUCGCCUACUAGAUACGUACGCGGAUCAUGGUUUCGUAGAGGAGGACUUGUAUAAGGCGGGAGGAGCGAUAUGGAAAGACCACCUGCACCCGCGAAGUGCCGUGCAUAAGAUCUUCGCUAGGGAUCUGGUGCAGUUCCUGCGGUCCCAGCAGUAGUUCUUCAAUAUCGUUUCUUUAGGUUGCGGCGUGUAUACAUAAGAGAUUCUAGAGGCAUGACGCAUGACGCGUGCUGACUGAUGCAGAGACAUCGGCUUCGAUUCGAAAAGUGGUCUGAUUUCUGCGUCGCGCGAGCCGAAUAUUACAUCUCUCUCUUUCUUUCCGCCAUGACCAUCCAUCCCAUCCGCCCCUGCACAAUUCCGGGCCUCCGACUUGUGAUUGAGCUGUCACGGUGCACGGGCUAGAACGCCGUCUAGUAUGAUCGUCAAUCAAUCUUCAGGUCUCCAGACUGCAGAUGCACGCGUAUUCCGAUUGGGACAGAGAUAAAUGAUGGUCGAAGGCGAAGCAGGUCGAGGUACAUAUGUAUGUGCUUCCAGGUAUGUUUCUCCACGAAAAGGCUAAAGCCCUUUGAGACACGACCCUUGUUCCUUGACAGCCCUCGCCGUGACCCACUGUGUAUCACGCCCGAUCCUCCCCGUCCCCCCACUACAGUUUCGUCUGUCUGAACGCGAUCAGAAGCAGGAGGCGCUGCGCAGGAAGGAAGGAAGGCCAGAGCGGGGAAACAGCGGUCAGCCGAUCGCCCAGCCCAUACAUAUGAAACCUGGAUUGUAGCACUCUUGCUCUGACUUCCUCUCAUCUUCUUCCCUUGCGUCUGCGCUGCGAUAGCGUUGGAUAGGGCUCGUGCGUGAUCCCAUGCGGACCGUUGGCCGCUAACGAACCACCGCUCUUCAUCCCAUAUAGCUUCUUUCCCCGAAGGGCGACAACGUGUUCUCCUGCGUGCCGACUCCAUGUACGACUACUCCGACAGCGACGAUGAGGAGUCAUUCACCAUCGAUCUCGGCUCGGGCGCUCUGGAAUCUGCCUGCCCGACACCCCGCUCGCCACCGCUGCGGCUCACGUCCGAGACUUACCGCCCACCUCGCAGAACGGCCAUGGCCAAAGCACUAAAAGACCGGGAGGGGGAGAAAGACUGCGGUAUCUGGUGCGUGGGUUCUUGCAGUGCUGCGGCGGCGCAUGCUCAUGGCGAGCACCCCAGUUUCGAGCCAGCAGCCAUCCCCGUCCGCACUGUGUGCUGCUCCAGGGUGUUCUGCACUGAACACAUCGCCCAU